AUGGCGCCGCCUACUAGCAUGAGUCUUCUUGUAUACCUGCGAUUAAAGAUCUUGGUGACCUGUUUACGCCUUCUCAUAAAGGUGCCGAUCUAUGUGAGGCUUCGUCGGGAUAGGCUCCUGACGCAAAGCUUGGGCGUUCACACUCAACACUUGCGCAUUCCUUCGCGCGAUUCGGGCCGCUUUAUUGACGCGCACCUAUACUAUCCCGACUCGACGACCUCGCCCAAACCUGUCCUCGUCAACUGGCACGGAAGCGGCUUUGUUAUACCUCUGCACGGCAGUAACAACGUUUUCUGCGCACAGAUCGCGAAAGAGACAGGCAUCUUCGUCCUGGAUGUUGACUAUCGCAAAUCGCCCGAAACACCGUUUCCGGGGCCAUUGGAAGACGCCGAGGACGUGCUACGCUGGACAUCCACGCAGACAGACCGGUUUGACAGCUCCCGUGUUGCCGUGUCUGGCUUCAGUGCCGGCGCCACAGUCUGUCUGGCAGCAGCAAUAGCCUCCAGAAGUCUUCUCUCCAUCUCCGCGGCAGUGCUGAUCUAUCCAUUUGUCGACAUGUCAGUGGCACCCGAGGCAAAGAUGGUUGCAAAACCCAUCAAGCCGCCGCCACCGUACAUUGCUCACAUCUUCAACGACUCAUACGUCUUUGACAAUGCAAAGCGUACCGACCCCCGUGUGUCGCCGGCUCUGGCUGAACCGGAGCACUUCCCACCAACGGUAGCUAUCGCCACCUGCGACGGCGACAUAUUGCAAGAUGCCGGGAAGAAAGUCCCUUUAAAAAUGCUCAAGGGAUUGCCCCAUAGCUUCGACACUGGGGCAGAGAAGGGAACGCUGGAAUGGAAGAAACGUGAAGAAUUGUACAUCUGGGCAGUGCAAGUGUUGAAGGGUGCUUUGAAGCCGUGA